UCUUUGGCCUGACUAAAUAAAAGAGACAUAAAUUGGUGAAAGAAAGCUUCAAGAACAAAAGUUAUUGGCCCCUCUCAUUUUGGGCAGCUCAAAACAAAAGUUAUUGGCCCCUCUCAGUUAUGUGGUCACUAAAGUGUAAGAAACACAAGGAAGGUGGAUGCAGUUGGAGGCUUCGAGCAUGUAAGCACAAAUCCCAUCAACUUUUUGAAAUCACUAAAUAUGUUGGUCCACACCAAUGUGUGUACAAAAGUUUGAGUCGUGAUCACCCAUUGUUAGACUCGAAUUUAUUAGCACGUGAAAUUGAAAAUCAUGUCAAAGUGGAGCCUUCUAUUACAGUUGCAGCCCUAAUAGAGAUUUCCAAAGAUAAGUUCUCUUAUGAUGUCUCAUAUAAGAAGAUGUGGCAUGCAAAACAAAAGGCAAUACAAGCCGUGUUUGGUGAUUGGGAUAAAUCGUAUAAGAUUUUGCCUAAAUUUAUUUCUGCGCUUGAAAAAAGUAAUGAUAUGAUUGUCGUGUGGCAGUUUGAAAAGCUGCAAAAUCAAAAUUUGGGAAUUUUUCAGUGUAUGUUUUGGGCUUUUCCACAAUCCGUUGAGGGCUUCAAAUAUUGUAGACCCGUAAUUAGUAUUGAUGGAACUCAUUUGUAUGGAAGGUACAAAGGAAAAAUGUUGAGAGCCAUGGGUGUUGACGGAAAUAAUCAAUUAUUUCCUCUGUCAUUCGCUAUUGUCGAGGAAGAAUCUUUUGAUAGUUGGAGGUGGUUUCUUAGUUGUCUCAGAGAGAAAGUUACUCAACGUCAAGGAAUUUGUUUAAUUUCUGAUCGUCAUAAGGGAAUUACUGCAGCAGUAAAUGAUCCUUAUUCCAUGUGGCAAGAACCUUGGGGAUAUCAUCGAUAUUGCUUGAGACAUAUAUGCAGUAAUUUCAAUGACAAGUUCCAUAAUAAACAAUUGAAAAUGCUUGUUUAUAGAGCAGGAAGUGCACACCAAGUGCGGAAAUUUGAUGACAUAAUGAAAGAAAUUGACAAAACUAAUCCAGAUGCUCGUAAAUGGUUGGACAAGAUUCAUCCACCACAAUGGUCAUUGGCUCAUGAUGGGGGUCGACGUUAUGGAAUAAUGACUACCAACUUAUCUGAGGUGUUUAAUAGUGUGCUAAAAGGUGCUCGAAAUUUGCCUAUCACCGCAUGUGUGCAACUAACUUUUUAUCGGUUAGUUAAGUUUUUUUGUGUUAGACGAGGUUUUGUGGGAGAUGCAUUGGCUAAACAAUACUUGUAUACACCACAUGUUCUUGCAAAUAUCGAAGGAUAUCGAGUGAAGGCAAACACACACGACAUUGUCCUGUUUGAUAGAGCGCAAGGAGUUUGUGAAGUAGUAACUGCCCCAUACGGGGAGGGGAUGCAAAAAGGACACAAUAAACAAGUAGUCCACCUUUAUGAAAAAACUUGUAGUUGUGGAAAGUGGCAAAUUUAUAAAUUUUCAUGCUCACAUGCAAUGACGGUAUGCGGACAAUUAGGACUUGAUAUUUGGCAGUACAUUGAAGAGUACUACACAAUUCAACAUUACACCCAAACUUGGGUGUCUCAGUUUAGUCCGAUUCCUCAUGAAGAUUAUUGGCCGAAAGAGAAUAUUCCUCCAUUGUUGCAGAUCCUACUCGCAGGCGUUCAAAAAAAGGACGACCACAAUCCACACGAAUUAGAAACGAGAUGGAUAUCAAAGAAGGUAAAACUAAAACACGGUGUGGCAUUUGUAAAGAGGCGGGUCAUGAUAAGCGGACAUGUCAAAAGAAGAGAAAGGAGAUGGACUGACAUCCAAAUAUGUUCCAGAUGGUGAGAGCAAUGAAUGGUACGAGUUUACGAGCAAUGAAUGUCAUGUAGAAGAUGCUCGUUUGAAUGUUACAGAAUUCUAUAAAUUUUUUACUUAUUUCUAAUCUCGGAUACUUGUUUUUUUUUUUUUGCACUAUGGGUGUAUUGAUUGCUACAGUGAUAUCUUCUCGGUCCUGUUCAGCUAUUUUUGUUUUCAUUCGGCAUGGUUGUUUGUUCAAAUAGUUUUAUGUGAGCUAAUGAUACAAGUAGAAUAUAUAUACAUAAAUGCGCAA